GAGUAAUUACAUUUUGUGCUUAAAUGCAAAAAAUUAACAUCAUACUUUCCUUUAUAAUAAAUGAAAGUGGAAUGGUAUAAUGAACGCAUAGGAAGUAACUUGAAAGUACAAUGUUAUAAUUUGUAUUUUUUUAUUGAACUAGGCAAUAUCCAUAAUGGAAAAACGGGAUUUGCUGACCUAGUAGAUUUCAACCCUCUUCGUGCAACUGAUGUGCAACUGCCAGCUGACGGAACUUUUCUAAUUGCUCAUUCAUUGGCUGAAUCACAGAAAGUUGUAACUGCUGCAACAAACUACAAUAAUCGUGUUGUUGAAUGUUGUUUAGCUUCUAUUUUAUUGGGCAUAAAACUCGGAAUGGAACUUGAAGAGGCAAUUUCAAAAGUGAAAACCAUUUCUGAUGUAGAAGCUUUAUGUGCAUCCUUUUUUGGGGCCCAUGGGUCUUCCAACCCUACCAUUGCUGUUAAGGUAUUCAUUCGGCUACCAAAAAUGAUGACAUGGCACGAGUGUCGCCACGUCAUCAUCUAACUCCUAUAAUAUAUUUAUAUUCGACGUUUUGCUUUAAACGGUAAAAAACAUAUAACUUGGUUGCUAUCUUUGGUUAAAAAUAAAAAAAUAUCUGAAAGAGGAGCCUUAUACAUCUAAUGAAAUUGAGAUAAUCACCGGUAAAAGCUUAGAUUCCAUAAUUUUUUACUCUGCCACUUCACUGGAUGUGAUAAAAGCUGCCACACAUUACAAGUUAUUCCAGGUAACUUCACAAAAUACCAACCUACUUUCUCAUGUAUUCCAUCAGUUAAUUUUUUUUUUACUUUAAAAAACUUUCAUUUGUAAUUAUUUUUUGAAUCACUGUAUAGUUAACAUUUUUUUUUUUGUAAAUUUGUUCUAUCAGAGAGCCUUCCAUGUGUACUCGACAGCGAAACGUGUAUAUGCUUUCAAGGAUGUGGUGUCAUCAAAUUCUGAGAGAGGUUGAAGAACCUUGACGAUCUAAUGAAUGACAAUCACCAUAGUUGCAGUGUUCUAUUUGAGUGCAGGUUUAGGCUUUAUUUUUCCUUUCUAAUUUUUUUUCCUGUUACUCGGUUAUAUCGGUUUAAAUGUUGUUAACAAAAAGCAAAUUAUGGUUGUUACGGGAAGUUUCACCCUUUUUGAUGAUUGUAAUUUCAAUUUCAGAAUUUUAGAAAUUGUAUUUGUUGUGCUUUUUCCGGUUAUAUGUAAUUUGAAUUUCGUAUUGGGGGUUUUCCAAUCUCACAAACAAAUUUCUUCUGUCAA